AUGGGAUCCGGCAAAGGCGAAGAGGUCACCACGGCCAGCAUACCUCCAUCACCAGUCGACGACAACAAGAACCCCAAUGGAUUAAUCCGCACCAAUGCCGAGCUCGAAAAAAGGGUAAUGCGCAAAAUCGACUUCUGGCUCGUCGCCUUCUACUCUAUCGUAUAUAUAUUCCGCGUCAUUGACUCAAAUAACUACUCCAACGCCGCGAUCAUCAACCUCGAAGCCGGAACCGGCAUCAAAAAAGAACUCGGCUUCAACUCCUCCGAAUGGGCCUGGACCCAAUCCAUUUUUUCGUACAGCUACCUCCUCUUCGAACCAACCAACACAAUCCUACUCAAAGGCAUCAAGCCGUCGCGAUGGAUGUUCAUUCUUAUUCUCUCCUGGGGCGUCUGCGCCUGCUCCGCCGGUGCAGCGCAGGAUUUCCCUGGUAUGAUGUGUGUGCGCUUUGCCAUCGGCAUCGCUGAAGCAGGCUUUUACCCAUCCGUACUCUACCAUAUGGCCUUCUGGUAUAAGCCGUCUGAGCUGCGCUGGCGCAUAGCACUAUUUUACUCUCUCGGUCAGGUUUCGGGGGCGUUGAGUGGACUGCUAGCGUACGCGAUCAGCUUCAUGGAUGGCGCGGGUGGCCUCUCGGGGUGGCGGUGGUUGUUCAUUCUUGAGGGUUUGCCGGCUAUUUUGUUGUCUGUUGUUGCGCUGUUUGGGCUGCCGGAUUAUCCUGAGACGGCGAAGAUGCUGACAGAGGAGGAGAGGACUUUUCUGAAGGGGAGGUUGUCUGCUUCUGCGCCGAAGGGGGAGGAUAAGAGUUGGGAUUGGGGGGAUAUUGCGAUGUUGUUGCGCAGUCCGACACUUUAUACGUUUACGGUGUAUUGGAUUGGGCAUGGCAUUGGCGGAUUUGGAGUCAACUAUGCUUUGCCUACUGUGAUUUAUGAGCUGGGGUUUACGGAUACGGCGCUGUCACAGUUGAUGAAUAUUCCUCCAUAUGUCGCCUGCUUCUUCUUCCUCAACGCUCUCGGCUACCUCCUCCACAAAGGCUGGAUCCGACCCUGGACAACCGCAGUCGCCAUUGAAAGCACAAUCAUCAUCUGCUAUAUCAUCUUAAUUACCGUCCCUAACUCCACCGUCAAAUACAUCGCCCUGAUCGUCGCCACAGCUUGCGCAGGAUCCGCAUACCCCGUCAUCUGGCCGGAACGAAUUCGCGCCCUCGAUGGUACCGUCGCGGCGGGUAUUGGAAUCGGAUUGACGAAUGCAAUGGCUCAGUUCAGCGGGAUUGCGGGACCCCAUGUCUACAGCACUGUUUUCGGGCCGACAUAUCGUGUAUCUUACAUCAUUUGUCUCUGUUUCCUUUGUGCGGCUAUUUCGGGGAUUCUCGCAUCGUGGUGGUUUGUUUGGCGGAAAGAUCAGAGGGAUGAAAUUCGGGGGAGGAUUGGGCAGGAGGCAUAG